AAGUACAAGCCAACACUGAAAUUAAUUCAUAGUUUACUGCUAUGGUGUAUGGCUCUGGCAUUAAAUAUACUACAUAUAUAGCCGGUAGUAAAAUUCAAACACUAUGUAGAUUAGCAAAUCAAGUAUAAUGAGGGCAAUGCAGAGUAGAUUGAUGGAAAUGUGCAGCUGGAAGCAGUGGGCUGGAGGAAGGUCAGCAGCAGCAGCAUCCCACAGAUGGAGAUUAGGCCAGUUGGUGGGAGAACCACCACAGAUCUGAAGCAUCCAGCUCUGGGAUCAGGGACACUCGGAGAAAGGACACAGGGAGAAACAGAGUGAGUGUAAUGCAAUAAUGGUAUAUAUAUAUUAAAUAUAAUGGUAGAUAGAGAAGGGCUCAGUGCAUCCAGAGAGGUCCUCCAGCAGCCUAGGCCUAUAGCAGCAGAACUAGGGGCAGAACUAAGGGACGUCCAAGAGGAAGACUCCAGCUGACCCCCUCAGGGUCCCCCAGUCAGUCCUAACUAUAAGAUUUGUCAAAAAGGAAGGUUUUGAGCCUGGUCUUACAACCUGUUGUGUUAUUGUUGCUAGCAAACACGUUAAGCGAAUGUUACUCUUCUAAUUGUCACAGCAGGAGUCUCGCGAGACUUGAGCAGCAUAUUUAGCAGCAGAGCUCCAAUCAGCUGAUUCAGAACUUUACAACCGGACAUCGACCGCUCCACAGUAGAUAUAGAUUGAUCCAGAGGCCGGCCGAUGGAUGGAUUCAUAGCUUUAAAGUUAAAAUCAAUUUCCGGUUCGUAUCGUUGAAUCUUUACACCCCUAAUCUAAAUCUGACGUUCUUCCAACUACAAUAUAAACCCAAAGAUCAGAGAGAAUCCUCAGAACUGAUGCUGGCGUUGCUUGCAUGAACUGCUGCUCUGUUGGUGUCACUUCUCCUGAUGUCGGUAAACCUUAGUCUCAACGGGGACGUGUGCAACUCGCGGCUGGUGAAACACAUCUUCAGCACAGAAAACAUCGAUGUCGUCUUCCACCUGGCGGCCAAAUCGCACGUCGAGUUGUCAUUUGAAGCUCCGUCCAGCUUCCAGCGGGUCAAUGUGGACGGAACCCGGGUGUUGCUGGGAGCCGCCCAUCAGGCUCGACACCGGCCUCAGGUCUUCGUCUACGUCAGCACCGACGAAGUGUACGGAGCUGGUCUGGACCAGGUGUUCGAUGAGAACAGUCCGGUGAGGCCGUCCAACCCGUACGCUGCCACGAAAGCAGCCGCCGAGUAUCUGGUCAGGUCUUACUGGGACCAGUAUAAGUUUCCCGUCAUCAUCACCAGGAGCAACAACAUCUACGGGCCGAGGCAGUUCACUGAGAAGGUCAUUCCGAGGUUUCUCACCCUCCUGCAAAUGAACAAGAAAUGCACCAUCCAGGGGACGCUGCCUAAAUCCCGCCACUUCCUGUUUGUCAGCGACGCCGUCGACGCCUUCCUGCUGGUUCUGGAGAAAGGGAUUGUGGGGGAAAUCUACAACGUGGGGUCGAGCUGUGAGAUCCCCAUCAUGCAACUGGCCAGGGAGCUAGUGAGGAUGGUUAAGGACAUUCCAGACUCUGAGGUGAAUGAUUGGCUGGAGUUUGUUCCUGACAGGCCGCGGGUCGACCUGCGAUACCCGAUCACAUGUGAGAAGCUGCAGCAGCUCGGAUGGAGAGCUCAGGUGUCCUGGACCGAAGGAAUCAGACAAACUGUCAAAUGGUACCAAGACAACCCAGACUUCUGGUCAGAGAGAAACCAGCAACGGAUCCAGCUUGAAGAUGCCUCCGACUUAUAAGUGGCCUCCGUUAGCUCUGCGGCUAACGACCAAACCACCAUCAGUCUGACUCUACAUGAUGAUUGUUGGACCAACAGGACCUGGACGCACUUUAUCUUGACAUUUAAGUGUCGCGUUUCUGACGCUAAGCAGCGUUUGUCUGGACAGAAACUGGACAAACUGGUGACAGCACCGAUGGAAACAAACCAAAGGCGGCUUCAUCUUCUACUGCCAGCUGUCAGACUGCAGCGUGGACGUCCAUGAAGGGUUCAGUUCAGGCUUUAAAGGUCCAGUGACGUUCUAGUUUUCAAGAAAUGAAUCCAAGUCUCACCUGGUGCUCGGUUUUUCUGCUCAGAAUGUCAGACACUAUAACUCCAGGUUUUAGUUCCAAACUGGCUGUUUCAGUGUCUGUAGCUGUCCAUGCCCAUUUCAGGAAGGAAACUCUCUCUGCAUUGAUGUGAAUGAAUGUGAGACCAGAAAUUCCUGUUGCUUCUCUCUGAGGAUCACUUCACGUGGAAAUAUCACAGAAUUCACAGCAUGCAGGUUGUGUUUCACUCAAUAAAACAAUAAAAUAAAAAUUGAUAUUUGCCAUGUGGAACCUUUAA